CACAAGUAGAAGAAGCUCAAAGGGCGGCCUUCAGCGAUACAGCUCAUCUAGCCAAGUUAUUCUAGCUAAAAGGAAAAAUCCCUUUCCCUCCUUUUAGGUAGCCGACGCAAGGUUUGGUCCGAACAAAGAUCCAUUCAUGUGCUGACUGAGGAGUGGACAUUAAAACAGGCAAACAUGUCUGGGGCGUGUCAGGACAGAAGGAGUCGCUGGCAGGAGAUUCAGAAAGGCCUACAGUUCAUCCAAUCAACCCUUCCAUUUCCUGGAAGUCAAGAGCAGUAUGAGGUGUUCAUUAAGGAUCUUGUGUGGAAUCUUUUUGGAGAAGGAAAUGACGUAUUUAAAGAAGGAGAAUGGACAAAAUCCAUCGAGAUGUACACAGAAGCCUUGAGUAUAGCAGACUACGCGGACUCCGAAGACAUCUGUGUUCCAACAGGUUUAAUGGAAAAGUUGUAUGCAAAUCGAGCUGCUGCGUACCUAAGUAUUGUUCCCGGACUGUACGACCAAGCAUUAGAAGACUGUGAAAAGGCUCUCCAGUUGAAUGAGGGGAACUACAGAGCGCUGUACAGAAAAGCAAAAGCUUUGAAGGAGAUGGGGAGACAUCAAGAGGCCUAUGAGGCUGUCGCCAAAUGCUCUCUAGCAGUGCCUCAGGAUUCCAGUGUCACACAGCUGACUCAGGACCUUGCCAAAAUUUUGGGAUUGAAAAUUCGUAAAGCUUAUGUAAGGAGUAAGCCUGCCUUGAAUGUUUUGCGAGGAUCAAGUUAUCAAGAUGCAUCAGGUGACAAGUUUUCCCAUGGCUCGUCUUCAGUUGAAGAUAUAGAAGUUGAAGUGCCUCAGCUGACCCAGGAUGGCAGUGCUCCAGUCCCAGCUCCAAUCCAAGCUCCAGUGGCAGUUCACUUGCCUCUAAAUGAAGCAGUGGUAGAUAGUAUCUCAUCUGUGACCCUCUCUGAGCCACCCGGCUUCGAAUCUGUUGCCUUGCCUGUGUCUGUACCCACGUCUGUCCCUCUCUCUGUGUCCACAUUUGUUAAUGGGUGUCGAACCAGUAAGCCUUGCCCGAUGCUUGAAACCAGUCAAGAUUUUGACGCAGACAUCAUUGGGGACGACCUAGAUGAUCUACUGGACCAAGCUGGCCCCGAAUCACCCUUGGUUAUACCCACAGUGAAGGGGCCUCUUCCUUUGCCAACCAGUAUUGCCUCAGGCAAUUCCAUGUCGAGUCCAUUCCUGAUGCCAUCUCACAUCAACCCAUUUCUCCACAGCAGUGCCCAGCAGUGCACUGUAACGCUGCCCCCGCUGUAUCACGUAUCAAGUAUCAAGUCAGGGUCAAGUGUAUAUUUUGGUAUGGACACUUUUGACACUCUUGCCCCACCACUGGACUCCCUGGACAGUCUCGCCAUAACUGACUUUAAAACAGAUUAUGGUCAAAGUCCAUUCAUUACACAGAUGAACAAUAAUGAUACUCCAAUGGGAAUGGCUGUGGGUAUGCCUGAAGUAAAGGGUAUUGCUGCUGCUGUGGAUUUGGCAAAGAACCCCUUAGCUGAAACGCAUGAAUUCAAACAGGCGUGCUCAAUGUGCUAUGUCAAAACUGGGCCUGAUGUGUUAGAUUACACACUUCAUACAGAAGAGCAUAAAUGCAAAAAGGAUGCUUUGCUCGGCAGGCUCAAACAUUCGCCAGACAAAACAUGGAAGCUCAUUCGGCCCAGACCGACAAAAACCCAAUAUGUUGGACCUUAUUACAUUUGCAAAGAGGUGGCUGUUGGGAAGGAGUGCCUGUAUCCUGGCCACUGUACAUUUGCAUACUGCCAGGAAGAGAUUGAUGUUUGGACUCUGGAGCGAAAAGGAUUCAUCUCCAGAGAACUACUCUUCGAUCCUUAUGGGCCCAACUCCAACGUCAGGCUCACUGUCCCAAAGAUCUUACAAGAGCAUCAUGGGAUAUUCAUGUUCCUCUGUGGGGUGUGCUUUGACCACAAACCCAGAAUAAUCAGCAAAACCAACAAAGAUGAUCCUUCAGUUUGCUCUCAUCCAGUGACGAAGCAUGACUUUGAGGAUCAGAAGUGCCUGGUCCACAUUUUGAAGGAGAACACAGUGCGUUAUUCCAAAAUCAGACCAUUGAGUCCUCAUUGCCAGCUGGAUCUCUGUCGCCAUGAAGUCCGCUACGGCUGCGUGAGAGAGGACGACUGCUUCUACGCCCACAGCCUCAUCGAGCUGAAGGUCUGGAUGAUGCAACAUGAGCUCGGUAUCACUCCUGAAAGUAUCGUCCAAGAGGCAAAAAAGUUUUGGAAUGCAACAGCUUCAUUGCAGGGAGCCCAGCAGCUUUCCAGUGCACAGAGGAGGUUUGGGCCUCCAAAUCUGAAGAUGAUGUUUGUCUGCGGCCAAUGCUGGAGAAAUGGCCAACUCAGCGAAGCUGACAAAAACAAGAAGUAUUGCUCAGCCAAGGCAAGACACACGUGGGCAAAAGACAGACGGGUGGUGCUUGUAAGUUCCCAUGAAAGGAAAAAGUGGACAACGGUUAGACCACUUCCAACCAAAAAACCCAUCCCAUCUCAAUUUGAGAUUUGCAUGCAUGUGACAGCUGGCAAGAAGUGUCAGUACAUUGGGAAUUGCACGUUUGCCCACAGCAUAGAAGAAAGAGACCUUUGGACCUACAUGAAGGAAAACAACAUUCCAGAUAUGGACCAGCUUUAUGAGCAGUGGCUGCAGUCUCAGAAGCCUGGCUGGGGUGAAGAGUCCUCCAGUAACUCUGUUAGGGAGAACGGCAAACAGAUCCACAUGCCAACAGACUACGCUGAAGAAGUGGCUGGCAAUCACUGUUGGCUGUGUGGCAAAAACUGCAACAGUGAGAAACAGUGGCAGCAGCACAUCACUUCAGAAAAACACAAAGACAGAGUUUUCAACUCUGAGGAUGAUCAGAACUGCUGGCAGUAUCGAUUUCCCACAGGCACUUUCAAAGUUUGUGAGAGGUUCCUCAAAGGCACAUGCACAGAGGAUGACCUGUGUAAGCUGGCACACGGGACACAGGAACUAAAAGAGUGGAUGGAGCGCAGGGAAUUCCUUUUGAUGAAACUUGCCAAAGCCAAAAAAGACCAUCUUAUAGCACCAAAUGACAAUGACUUUGGAAAAUACAGUUUUCUGCUUAAAGACAUUAUUUAAUGAUGUGAUGACAAUAUUCACGCUCUCUUGCAAAUAAUGCAGUAUUCAAACAGUCUUGAGUCAGGUGAUCCUUGAAGGGCCUCUGAGGUGCACGGGAAAUAGCCUGAUCACAGCAUGAUUUUAAAGAUGACGUUCGGGACCGGCCCUCUGAUUGGUGGCUGGUUUAGUCUGAUCUGAACUAUAGGAAGUAUUGUCGUUAACAGCGAAUACUGAGUGUAAGACACUCGAAGCUUUGCUAUGCAUCAUUCAGUAGAAUAUCUGAAAAUGGUGAUGAAAAUAGCAUGUGUAAACCUUGAUCAGAGACGUGUUCUUUCAUUUGACCUAAACAAAGUAAUUUCUUUUCAUAAGCAGUUUGUAUAUGUUAAUGACAUUUACCAUUCAAUAAGUUUAAAGUAUUGAAUACUUAAAUUGAGAGUUCAGUUGACAUUCUCACUUUCCAUUUAUCUAAUAGUGUUACCAGUGUAAUGGGCACCACACCAAAUAAAGCCUCUUUUUUAAUGUGUUUAAA